AUGGCGCUUUCCAUCACCCCGCCCCAUUCUUCCGCUUUCCAUCACCCCGCCCCAUUCUCCCUCCUUCCAUCACCCCGCCCCAUUCUCCCUCCUUCCAUCACUCCGCCCCAUUCUCCCGCUUUCCAUCACCCUGCCCCAUUCUCCCGCUUUCCAUCACCCUGCCCCAUUCUCCCUCCAUCCAUCACCCCGCCCCAUUCUCCAACUUUCCAUCACCCCGCCCCCUUCUCCCGCUUUCCAUCACCCUGUCCCGUUCUCCCGCUUUCCAUCACCCCGCCCCGUUCUCCCGCUUUCCAUCACCCCUCCCCGUACUCCGCUUUCCAUCACCCCGCCCCGUUCUCCCGCUUUCCAUCACCCCGCCCCGUUCUCCCGCUUUCCAUCACCCCGCCCCGUUCUCCCGCUUUCCAUCACCCCGCCCCGUUCUCCCGCUUUCCAUCACCCCGGCCCAUUCUCCCUCCUUCCAUCACCCCGCCCCAUUCUCCCUCCUUCCAUCACCCCGCCCCAUUCUCCCUCCUUCCAUCACCCCGCCCAAUUCUCCCGCUUUCCAUCACCCCGCCCCAUUCUCCCGCUUUCCAUCACCCCGCCCCCUUCUCCCGCUUUCUAUCACCCCGCCCCAUUCUCCCGCUUUCCAUCACCCCGCCCCAUUCUCCCGCUUUCCAUCACCCCACCCCAUUCUCCCGCAUUCCAUCACCCCGCCCCAUUCUCCCGCUUUCCAUCACCCCGCCCCAUUCUCCCUCCUUCCAUCACCCCGCCCCAUUCUCCCUCCUUCCAUCACUCCGCCCCAUUCUCCCGCUUUCCAUCACCCUGCCCCAUUCUCCCGCUUUCCAUCACCCUGCCCCAUUCUCCCGCUUUCCAUCACCCCGCCCCGUUCUCCCGCUUUCCAUCACCCCGCCCCAUUCUCCUGCUUUCCAUCACCCCGCCCCGUUCUCCCGCUUUCCAUCACCCCGCCCCGUUCUCCCGCUUUCCAUCACCCCGCCCCGUUCUCCCGCUUUCCAUCACCCCGCCCCAUUCUCCCUCCUUCCAUCACCCCGCCCCAUUCUCCCUCCUUCCAUCACCCCGCCCCAUUCUCCCGCGCUUUCCAUCACCCCGCCCCAUUCUCCCGCUUUCCAUCACCCCGCCCCAUUCUCCCGCUUUCCAUGA